CAUCAAUUUGGUUACUUAAUAAAGCAUCUAUGUUUUCAUUUUUAAUAUAUUUCGAUAGUAGCUUUACGAAUUUUAAAACUAUACUCGGUGCUAGCAUGAACGAACUACUUAAGAUAUUAUUGCAAUUGUGUGUAUUAUUUCGUACCUGUACAUCGUUCACCGGAGAAUUGUUCCCAUUCCAGAGAUACAACGAUUGUAAAAUACAAGAGUACUAUUCGGUCAAUACCCUAACCUGUAAGAUAUGCCAAAAAGAAAGAUUUCUGGUACCGACGGAAGACAAAUUGUCUUGUACUUGUAACGAACGAACUAAGAUUACUCGAUGGGAAGGAGAAUUUCCAUAUUGUGUACUUUGUAAAGAAAACGAAGAACCUACUUAUGAUCGAGAAGAAUGCAUACCAUGUCCCGUUGAUUCCAAUAAUAAAUCCAAGUGUUUCCAAAACACCGUCAAUUGCCAACAGAAUGAAAUAUUUGUGGAACGAGACAUAAGAGGAGAUCUACUACCGACGAAAUCAUGUACAACUUGUGCCGAUGGGAAUGCACCGAAUGACCUGAAGACUGCCUGCAUCCCUUGCCAAAUUCCAAAUUGCACGUGCCCAUCGACGACCCACGAGCUUCUCGAUUCCGAUGUUUGUGCUCCUAAAACCGAACUGACGACGUUGCCCGACGAACAAGGCAUUUAUAUGGUAGAUUUCGACAACGUUCAUCAAAUAAUUAGAUCUCAUUAUUUAAAAGUUCAUUUGAGAUCGUCGCUUUAUAAAUGUAUAAAAUUGAAGAAAAGCAAAGCGUGCCAAGCUGUGGCCAAUAUGUGUGUGAUGCUUUUGUACAAAGAUGAACAGAAUGGUGGACCUUGUAGAAUUUUUCGAGAAUAUAGGUAUAUUCCAACGUCCACGUCGAAUAAUAAUCAUUUACCUUGGUUGUACUACGGUGAAGGAGAUGCGUCUAUUUUACUCAAUAGGAAGAAGAUAGAAACUCAUUACAGUCUAUACUCCGAUAAUAAAGAUAGCAUGCUACAUUUCUACGCAGCUCAUUACGCUUUGGAUGGCACCUUCUUAGGUUUACAACCAGUUACAGGGAGUGAUAUCCAAAUAUGUCCCGGAAUAUCAAAAUAUAUGAAUCUGGCAUUCCGUUUUGGAUCUCGGUACAAACAUUCGUGUACUUUGACAGCCAAAGAAUUGUUACAGAAGACUUCCCAUAAUGAGUUCCUGGAUUUAUAUUUACAGCAUUACGAUAAAUCUCAGUCUUUAUUGUACGCGGUGCCUUUGGUGAUUAAAAAUAUAUCGGUCAAUGCCGAAUUUUCAAAUAAAGACGUAGAUGUCUCUCAAUGGUUACUCACCAGGCGAUUUUUCUUCCUUGAUAAUAUCAGCGGAGUUGCCUACUCAUCAGAUAAACUGAAAAUGGUAUCGGAUGUAUCACCCUCGGUCAUUCGAUAUUUGAAAUCAGCCAAAUUAUGGAUUAAAACCAGAAGGGAGAAAGAAGACGAGGGUAAAAUUUAUCCGCCAUUUUUGAUCCUCGAGUAUGGAGAAUUGACUCAUGAUGAUGUGACAACAAAUGCUUACGUGCAUUUUUCAUUUUCUGUGGAUUAUUACAUGGAUAAUGAUAUUCCUCAUAUCAUCGACGUCACAAUAGGCAUUUUAAGCGCUGCUGUGGUAGUCUGGUCAGGCAUUCAGACUUGGAGCUAUUGCAGACGUUCUGGACAAGUCACCAUCGACAUGUCCACCCUCCUAGAGCUUGGAUUGACCUGCUGCGGGUACUUUUCAGACAUGUUAUUCAUCGUGGCUGCUGCAGUCGCCCUGCACACGUUACUCUUUUACAAAGCUCAAAGUGUGGCUUACAUCAUGUUGCCAUCUGAGAACCUAGAAAACACCAUAAAUAAAUACAUCGUGGUAGCUUUUUUAUUAAAGAUAGUAGAAGUAGUCAGAUUAAUCUACGGUCAAAUGAAAAUCGAUAUAUUCCUAAUCGAUUGGGAAAGACCCAGAGCUACAGGAGGAGUAAACGCAACAGAAAUACAACAGCAGCCAGUGAGCAUCUGGAGGACUUAUUUUGUGGCUAAUGAAUGGAAUGAAAUUCAAACUAAAAGGAAAACUAGUCUAUUACUUCAGAUGUUACUCACUUUAUUGAUAUUAAAGGUCUACGGAGUAGAAAGCUGGACCCAAGCAGAUCCAGAUAUCCAUCUAGAACACAUCCCAUAUCGUCCAGAAAGCUUACUGCUCAGAUUCGGCGUCACUCUAGUCGUGUAUUUAUUUGUCUACCUAACUCAAUGGCUUCUGGUUGUCGGAGUUUACGAAAGGUAUAUUAAAAACGGUAUACAAGAAUUCGUCGACGUCUGUUCAAUGGCGAACGUCAGCGUUUUCAUCUUGCUACAAGAAAACUACGGAUACUAUAUUCACGGCAGGUCAGCCCACGGAUUCGCCGACACAGAUAUGCAAACUAUUCUGACUCAAUUGAGAAGAGAAGAAGAUGACUUAGUCGGUCACAGGGGACUUUUACCAGGCACAGAGCAACAGACCUUUCAGAUCAUUAUUCCGACAGCUUUGAGAACGUAUUAUAAUAAAGUUAUGUCACCGUUGAACAUUAUAAACAACAAACAUUCUGGUUCGACGUUCAGGAUGAAAGCGGUGAAUAACGACGAUGCUGGUAGAAUAGUCGACGCUUAUAAUAACAUGAAUAAGUUUCUGGCUGCAUUUCUCGAUCAUGCUUUGAAAGACUUGGAUUACGAAGUACGAGAGAAAUUAUUCGUAGAACAGCUUUUAGAUAUUGAAUUCAGCGAUUCGUUAGACCGAGGCGUUUUUUAUAUAGAUAACGGACAUUCUUUCGAUGGCGUAUUAUUCUAUGGCAACGAAGGAACGCUGUUUACUUUCGAUUUAAUGAUGUUUUUAUGUAUCGACGUGUUCUGCCAUGAUAUUUUGUACGCUGCUAUUUUGACGUUGAUUAUUUCUCAGAUUAUUGCAUGGUUGAGGAACAGAGGAGGUCGACGGAAUUUAGCAAAGAAAACGCUUGUCGAUGACAGAUUUCUAAUUUAAUUUUAUAUUCACUGUUCUGAAAUUGAUGUAUGCUCUUACCAAAGUUCUAUGUAUACGAAUGAGAAAUGCGAUACAAGGGUUUUAUGAGUUUUCCAUUCUACCUAAAUCGUAUUGAAAAUUACGAGUACAAAUUACAUUACGUGUAUUGUGUUAUUUUCUUUCGAUUUAUCGGUGUUCGGUAGGUAAGUUACAUCCUAUAUACUUAUCAGAAAACGUCAAGUUUAUUCGAAAGAUUUUGUACGUCUGCCUAUUUUUAAUCAUUUUUUAAACUAACUUAUGUAUUUUAUUCGUUACGGGAAUUUUUAUAAAUAUUUGUACUUCGUGUAAUUAAAUUGUGUACUUUUCCAA